AUGAGUUCAUGCCUGGCAUGCCUCAUACAUGUGCAAGAAUCUAAAUAUCACCACAUUUGCCUGAUUUCAUAUUCUGGUAAUUUCUAUCUAUUUAUCUAUCUAUCUAUCUAUCUCACUGUGUUGAUAUCUUUCUCACUCUGUUCAUAUCUAUCUAUCUACCUAUCUACUUCAAUCUGUUCAUAUCUAUCUAUCCAUCCAUCUAUUUCACUCUGUUCAUAUCUUUCUCACUCUUUUCCUAUCUAUCUAUCUAUCUAUCUAUCUAUCUAUCUAUCUAUCUAUCUAUUUCACUCUGUUCAUAUCUUUCUCACUCUUUUCCUAUCUAUCUAUCUAUCUAUCUAUCUAUCUAUCUAUUUCACUCUGUUCAUAUCUUUCUCACUCUUUCCUCCUAUCUAUCUAUCUAUCUAUUCCUCUGUUCAUCUUUCUCACUCUUUUCCUAUCUAUCUAUCUAUCUAUCUAUCUAUCUAUCUAUCUAUCUAUCUAUUUCACUCUGUUCAUAUCUUUCUCACUCUUUUCCUAUCUAUCUAUCUAUCUAUCUAUCUAUCUAUCUAUCUAUUUCCUCUAUUCUAUUUUCACCUCUGUUCUAUCUAUCUUUAUCUAUCUAUCUAUCUAUCUAUCUAUCUAUCUAUCUAUCUAUCUAUCUAUCUAUCUAUCUAUCUAUCUAUCUAUCUAUCUAUCUAUCUAUCCCACUCUGUUCAUAUCUUUCUCACUCUUUUCCUAUCUAUCUAUCUAUUUUACUCCGUUCAUAUCUUUCUCACUCUUUUAAUCAUAUCUAUCUAUCUAUCUAUCUAUUUCACUCUGUUCAUAUCUUUCUUACUCUGUUCAUAUCUAUCUACCUAUCUACUUCACUCUGUUGAUAUCUAUCUAUCUAUCUAUCUAUCUAUCUAUCUCACUCUGUUCAUAUCUAUCUACCUAUCUACUUCACUCUGUUCAUAUCUAUCUAUCUCACUCUGUUCAUAUCACUUUCACUCUGUUCAUAUCUAUCUAUCUAUCUAUCUAUCUAUCUAUCUAUCUAUCUAUCUAUCUAUCUAUCUAUCUCACUCUGUUCAUAUCUAUUUCACACUUCAUAUCUAUCACUUUCACUCUGUUCAUAUCUAUCUAUCUAUCUUUGUUCAUAUCUAUUUCACUCUGUUCAUAUCUAUCCAUUUCACUCUGUUUCUAUCUAUCUAUCUAUCUAUCUAUCUCACUCUAUUCAUAUCUAUCAUAACCUGUUUCUUUCUUUCACUCUGA